UUGUAAGGGUGCUUAGGAUGGUGUGGCAUCGGGCCUGACCCAACGUGGGGCACAAGGUCUUCGCCGCAGUAGCUCGCCCUCGUUUAGUUUUAGAUGGCACAAGACUAGGCAGUUACAGUACCGACUUUCUUUCGUCCCGAAACCACUGCACACUUCUCCAAGGCGAUAUUCGGUUUAUUGCGAUUGUUUGAUCACACAACCGUCAAGGCUUCGGCAUGGGUUUACGAAUGGCCAAACAUGACCACCGAAGCUUCAAAGUCUGACGUGCAGAAGCGCAUUCGUACAACCGCUCUCCGUCAGGCCCAGGAAAUCGAGGAGAGAAAGAAACUGCAAACCCAGAUUGCGGACUUUGUAGUAGAAGCAUUUGAUCUCCCAUCACAGCCGGAUGCAGAUCCAGCACGACCACAACCCUCGGAUGCAGCACUCUUCAAGCAAUGUCUAGGUCUAUUUCAACCCUCGGAUCUGAACGAUCUCAUCUACGAGAGGAAUAUUGACAACAGAUGCGGCUAUGCGCUUUGCCCCAGACCGAACCAGAAACUGUCACAUAACGGCGAGUUGAUUUGGAAUAAGCAAGCCGGCAAGGAUUUCAAACUAGUGAACAAAGCCGAGAUGGAGAGAUGGUGUUCACCUCUUUGCCAGCAGAGAACAAUCUUUGUACGAGCUCAACUCGGCACGGAACCAGCUUGGCUACGAGACAUCAGGGCCGUCGACAUUAAAUUGUAUGAUGAGGUCGCGGGUGAGAGCCUUGCUGACUCAUUGAAUGUGAGUCUCCCCCUCGAGCAUAUCUGCCCUCAGCCCCAUCUGCCGAGUGCUGCAAUUCCCAUGACAGUCGUCCUGACAACCUCCAGGCACUUUCUCUCUCGCAAGCAAGCGAUAAAGACUUGGCAGAAAAAUUGCAAGCACUUGCGCUCGAACGUGGAGAAAUCAAUCUCAGCAGUAAGAGUGAUCCUGUUCCGCUAGUAGAGAAAGAAAGCAACCGCAUUCCGAAGGCUCCAUCAUUAAAGUCGAAGCAGUCCGGCAAAAUUGAGGGUCAUGAGCCGCGCAAAGUCCGUUUUCACGAGGUCUGACUUGCGAUUGCACCGAGUCUUGGUUGACUUUCGAUGAUGGAGGUCCACGCGUUGUCCAAACAAGUAGCCACAAGCAUGAAAAGCCU